AUGAUUACGCUAUGCCAUCGGCUAGCAUUCAUCAUAAUAGUCAUCUCCUCUAUCCAAGCUAUAAGCAUCGACAACGACAUCGUCGGUGAGCCCGAUAUUGAAUGUCUUGAUGAAGAAAUUCGAGUAUGGGUAAAGACUCGAAAACCUUUCGCAGGCCGAAUUUAUGCCAAAGGAAGAGCGGACAUAGAGGAGUGUUACAAAGACGAUUUUGCUAAAGAGCGAACGAAAAAGCCACAUUUCGAUCUGAGGUUCGGCGUGUGUGGCAUGAGAAGUUUGAGAUCGGUAGGAUUUUGUUUGAAAUCUUAA